UUUUUUUUUUUUUUUUUUUUUGUGUUUUUCAAUCCUCUCUCCGCCGCGCAUGAACUGUGCCUCCGGCAGGAAUUGAAGCUGGUCGGUUUCCUAGUUUCUUUUCACCAUGUACAUAAAGAAGGUUGUAAUUGAGGGAUUCAAGAGCUACAAAGAACAAAUUACUACCGACGAAUUCAGUCCUAAAGUUAAUUGUGUUGUUGGUGCCAAUGGAUCAGGAAAGUCAAACUUUUUCCAUGCGAUUCGUUUUGUUCUGAGCGAUCUCUUCCAGAACCUGCGCAGUGAAGAUAGGCACGCGCUGCUUCAUGAAGGUGCAGGGCACCAGGUUUUAUCUGCAUUUGUGGAGAUUGUUUUUGAUAAUUCUGACAAUCGCAUCCCGGUUGACAAGGAGGAAGUGCGCCUCCGACGGACCAUUGGCUUGAAAAAGGAUGAGUAUUUUUUGGAUGGAAAACAUAUUACGAAAACAGAAGUAAUGAAUUUACUGGAAAGUGCUGGGUUCUCCCGGUCUAAUCCUUACUAUGUUGUGCAGCAAGGCAAGAUAGCAUCUUUGACAUUGAUGAAAGAUUCUGAGCGGCUGGACUUGCUGAAGGAAAUUGGAGGUACUCGAGUUUAUGAGGAAAGACGCCGUGAAAGUUUGAAAAUCAUGCAAGAAACUGCUAAUAAAAGGAAGCAGAUAAUUCAAGUUGUUCAGUACUUGGAUGAUAGAUUGAAGGAACUGGAUGAAGAAAAGGAGGAACUUAGAAAAUAUCAGCAGCUUGACAAGCAGAGAAAGUCAUUAGAAUACACAAUUUAUGAUAAGGAGCUUCAAGAUGCUCGACAGAAAUUGGAUGAGAUAGAAGUUACUCGAGCUCAGGUUUCUGAGGAAUCAACUAGGAUGUAUAACCGUGUGCUGGAUGACCGUGAAAAGUCCAAGGACCUGGACCAGAAGAUAAAAGAUCUAACCAAAGAACUGCAAAGCUUAAACAAAGAUAAAGAAGCUGUAGAGAAGCAACUAGCUGAAGCUAUGAAGAAGCAUACAGCACUUGAGCUUGAUGUUAAAGACCUACAAGAGAAAAUUUCCGGGAACAUGCAAGCUAAAGAUGAUGCAGUGAACCAGUCGCAUAUGCUACAGCAGGAAAUUCAAAACUCUAUGGAGGAGCUUGAAAAAAUUAAGCCUGCAUAUGAGAGCCAAGUCAAGAAGGAAGAAGAAAUAACUAGAGGGAUCAUGGAGCGUGAAAAGCAGCUUAGCAUCCUUUAUCAGAAACAAGGUCGUGCGACCCAGUUUUCAAGUAAAGCUGCUCGUGAUGAAUGGCUUCAAAAGGAAAUUGACGAUCUCCAACAAGUGCUUUCUUCAAAUUUGGCCCAGGAGAAAAAACUUCUGGAUGAAAUUAAUCAGCUCAAUGCUGACUUAGAGGAGCGGAACAGCUACAUUGAGAGCCGAAGAACUGAAAUUGAAAGUUUAGAAUCCCUGAUCUCCAGGUCACGUGAAGGGUUCAAUUAUCAUAGAACACAGAGGGACAGGUUACAGGAUGAAAGGAAGUCCCUAUGGGGCAAAGAAAAUGAACUUUCUGCUGAAAUUGAUAAGCUUAAAGCUGAAGUUGACAAGGCAGAGAAGAGCCUUGAUCAUGCAACUCCUGGAGAUGUAAGAAGAGGGCUGAAUUCUGUUCGGCGGAUCUGCAAAGAAUACAAGGUCAAUGGCGUGUUUGGUCCAAUUAUUGAAUUGCUUGACUGUGAUGAGAAGUUUUUUACUGCUGUUGAAGUAACUGCUGGAAACAGCUUAUUUCACGUUGUUGUUGAAAGUGAUGAGAUCUCAACCCAGAUAAUUAAACAUCUUAACUCAUUAAAGGGUGGGCGAGUUACUUUUAUUCCUCUGAAUCGGGUGAAGGCUCCACAUGUUAACUAUCCACAGAGUUCUGACGUGAUACCUUUGUUAAAAAAAUUGAAGUUCUCUCAGGAGUUCACUCCAGCAUUUGGGCAGGUAUUUGGAAGAACUGUGAUUUGCCGAGAUAUAGAUGUUGCUACAAGAGUUGCCAGGACUGAUGGUCUGGAUUGCAUAACUUUGGAAGGUGAUCAAGUGAGCAAGAAAGGUGGUAUGACGGGGGGUUUCUAUGAUUAUAGGCGCUCAAAGUUGAAGUUCAUGAACGUAAUUAUGCAAAAUAAAAAGGCAAUCAACUUGAAGGAGAAGGAAUUGGAAAUUGUCAGAAUUAAGCUUCAAGAUAUCCUUUUUAUUUUGUUUUGGUUUUCAUACCAAAAAAUCACAGAACUUGUCUCUGAGCAGCAGAAACUUGAUGCCAAGCGAGUUCAUGAUAAAUCAGAAUCGGAACAGCUUAAGCAGGAUAUUGCUAAUGCCAAAAAGCAGAUACAGUUCAUUUCCAAAGCUCUUGAAAAUAAGAAAAAAUCUCUUGCAGAUGUUCAGACGCAAAUUCACCAGCUUAAAGCUAGUAUAAAUGUCAAACAUGCUGAAAUGGGCACAGAGCUUGUUGAUCAUUUAACACCACAAGAAAGAAACCACCUGUCGCGAUUGAACCCUGAAAUUAAAAAUCUUAAAGAGCAGCUUAUCAAUUGCAGGACUGAUCGCAUUGAGACUGAAACAAGAAAAGCAGAGCUAGAGACUAAUCUGACAGCCAACCUUAAGAGGCGGAAGCAAGAGUUGGAAGCAAUAAUAUAUGCUGCAGAGUCUGACACGUUGCUUGGUGAAGCUGAACUGAAGAAGCAGGAGUUGAAGGAUGCUAAAUCAUUGGUUGAAGAUGCAAAGCAGCAGCUCAAAAGAGUUUCUGAUGGAAUAGAUGAGCGAAAAAGGCAACUUAAGGAGGUCAAAGAUGAGAAAAAUAACAUAAAGACUGCAGAAGACGACUAUGAGAGGUCACUGCAGGAUCGUGCAAAGGACUUAGAACGCUUGUUGAGCAGUCGGAGUAAUCUUCUUGCUAAACAGGAAGAGUACUCGAAGAAGAUAAGGGAAUUGGGUCCACUGUCAUCAGAUGCUUUUGACACGUAUAAGAGGAAGAGCAUCAAAGAAUUGCAGAAAAUGCUGCACAGGUGUAAUGAACAGCUUCAACAGUUCAGCCAUGUAAACAAGAAAGCACUUGACCAGUAUGUAAAUUUCACAGAGCAGAGAGAAGAACUACAGAAAAGGCAAGCUGAACUGGAUGCAGGUGACGAGAAAAUUAGAGAACUCAUAACGGUUUUAGAUCAGCGGAAGGAUGAGUCUAUAGAACGCACAUUCAAAGGUGUUGCUCGGCACUUUCGAGAAGUAUUCUCUGAACUUGUGCAAGGUGGCCAUGGUCAUUUGGUUAUGAUGAAGAAAAAGGAUGGUGAGCCUGGUGAUGAUGACCAAGACGAUGAUGGACCUCGUGAAGCAGAUGCAGAGGGAAGGGUUGAAAAAUACAUUGGAGUAAAAGUGAAGGUUUCUUUUACUGGACAAGGAGAGACACAGUCCAUGAAACAGCUGUCUGGAGGCCAGAAAACUGUUGUUGCCCUCACAUUAAUAUUUGCCAUACAGCGAUGUGAUCCUGCUCCCUUCUAUCUUUUUGAUGAAAUAGAUGCAGCACUUGAUCCUCAGUACAGAACUGCUGUUGGAAAUAUGAUUCGUCGACUGGCAGACAUGGCGAAUACUCAAUUCAUAACCACAACAUUUCGGCCAGAGCUUGUGAAAGUUGCUGAUAAGAUUUAUGGGGUGACACAUAAGAACAGGGUGAGCCGUGUCAAUGUUGUCCGCAUGGAAGAUGCAUUGAAUUUUAUCGAGCAUGAUCAAUCUCACAAUGCUGAUUAAGCUAAGUUCAGUCGACCAUGAAGUCAGAUGUUUUAGACUACUCAUCUGUGUCAUGCUGUGUACCAUAUAGAUAUGCUAGAUGGUUAGGAGUGAUUUCUUUAGAUUGAUGUCUGGAUGCUAGCGUUGUGUUGGAAAUAUUGAGGACGUAGUAGGAAGCUAUUUGACAUGUAGCUGUUUCACCUGUAUAACAGGUUACAUGUUUUUCAAUGUGAAGCCUUGCGCACAUCACUGGUUUUCAAAAUAUGUUUAGUGUCGUCAAGCUCCAAUGAUAUGUUUAGUCAUGCCAAGCAUCAGCAAGGAAAUAAGGUUUGCAUUGGGCUCGAGUAUGAAUUUGAGCUUGUGUUAAUUUACUUAAUCAAGCAUGAAGUCACAA